AUGUCAUUACCGCAAUUCUAUCGCCGCGUAAGCCUCGUAUUGGUCUCAGUCUUGGCUGCGUCGACAUCCGCGGCGAGUUUAGCAGAAUGGAAAUCCAGAUCGGUUUAUCAAACUAUGACCGAUCGUUUUGCACGGACAGAUGGGUCGACAACCUACCCUUGCAACACUACGGCGGGCCUGUAUUGUGGAGGAACAUGGAGAGGAACCAUUAACCAUCUUGAUUACAUUCAGGGCAUGGGGUUCGAUGCCAUCAUGAUUUCCCCGGUCAUUGAGAACCUCGCGGGACACGUCUACUAUGGUGAAGCCUACCAUGGCUACUGGCCGUUGGACCUAUAUUCGCUGAACUCGCAUUUCGGAAGCCACCAGGACUUGUUGGAUCUCAGCGCCGCUGUGCACUCUCGUGGCAUGUACUUGUUGAUGGACACGGUGAUCAACAACAUGGCCUACAUGACCAACGGCAGCGAUCCCGCCACCAACAUCGACUACUCGGUCCUCACGCCGUUCAACAAUUCCGACUACUACCAUCCCUACUGUAAAAUCACCGACUGGAACAACUACACCGACGCGCAGCUCUGCCAAACCGGCGAUACCUAUGUGGCGCUGCCGGAUCUCUACACGGAACACUCCGAAGUACAGGAAAUGCUCGAAACCUGGGCGCAACAGAUGAUCAGCACGUAUUCCUUCGACGGACUGCGGAUCGAUGCGGCCAAGUCGAUCACUCCGAGCUUCUUGCAAAACUUUGGCCAAAAGCUCGACCUUUUCAUGACAGGAGAAGUCUUCGAACGCAAUAUAGACACCAUCUGCACUUAUCAGAACAACUAUAUCGAGAGCGUCCCGAACUAUCCGAUCUACUACUCCAUCUUAGAGGCGUUUACCCUGGGCAACACCACUUCCCUGGCUGACGAAGUGGCCAUGAUAAGAUCCGCAUGCAACGAUGUCACCAAUUUCGUGUCGUUCUCGGAAAAUCACGAUGUCGCGCGCUUUGCGAGCAUGACCGAUGACCUCUCGCUUGCCAAGAACGUUAUCACAUUCACCCUUCUCUUCGAUGGAGUGCCGAUGAUCUACCAGGGCCAGGAGCAACAUUUGAACGGAGACGGCGUUCCCAAAAACCGAGAAGCCCUAUGGCUCACCGAAUACGACACCAAGUCGGAACUCUACCCGUUCAUUGCGACGCUCAACGCGAUUCGCAAGCAGGCCUACAAAAUGGGCAAUGAUUAUGUCGAUUUACCAACCCAAGUCGUGUACCGCGGCGGCAGUGAACUGGCUUUCAUGAAAGGUUUCGAAGGUCGACAGGUGCUGAUGUUGUUGUCCACCCAGGGCCUCAACAGCAAGCCUUAUACGUUCUCCUUACCCGUUAGCUACAACGGCGACACGGAGCUAGUGGAGAUUCUCAAUUGCCAAAACUACACCGUUGACCCGGAGGGCGUGUUCGAGAUCCCAAUGAGCAAGGGAGAGCCCCGGGUGUUCUUCCCGGCUGAACUCAUGGACGGCAGUGGACUCUGUGGCUAUUCUUCGGCCAAUGUUUCCUAUGCUGCUCUGCGGACGGGAGUGACCCAGUCUUCUUCUGCAUCCUUCUCCACUCGCCCGGGCAUCUCAAUGACUAUGGUUCCGGUCGUCUUAGGGUUAUUAACGAGCAUCACCAUGAUGCUUUAA